UCUUUAUAUUUAUGUCACCUAACCUAACUUUUCUUUCUAAUUCUUCUUACUCCAUCAAAGCACAUUCAUUUCUUAGUUUUUUUCUUUCCCUUCAAUUCAAAGCUUCCUCUUCGUUUUAUUAGAACCAAUCUUCAUAUCUUUCCUGAGUUAGCAAUGGCCGUUGGUGAGGUCAUGAGGAUGGAUAUUCCAGCCGGUGGAGAUUUAACAGUUACUUCGCCGGAGUUACAUGUUCUCGCCGUUGAUGAUAGUAUUGUGGAUCGUAAGGUCAUUGAGAGAUUGCUAAGAAUCUCUGCUUGUAAAGUGACUACUGUAGAGAGUGGGGCUAUGGCUUUGCAGUACCUUGGCUUAGAUGGAGACAAAGGAGCUUCUGGUCUUAAGGAUUUGAAGGUGAAUUUGAUAGUGACGGAUUACUCAAUGCCAGGACUAACAGGAUAUGAUCUUCUCAAGAAGAUUAAGGAAUCUUCUGUUUUCAGAGAAAUACCAGUUGUGAUUAUGUCAUCUGAGAACAUCUUACCUCGUAUAGAACAAUGUCUGAGAGAAGGAGCAGAGGAUUUUCUGUUAAAACCUGUGAAACUAGCUGAUGUAAAGCGAAUAAAAGAACUUAUAGUGAGAAAUGAAGCAGAUGAUUGCAAAACCUUAAGCCAUUCUAACAAAAGAAAACUUGCAGAAGACAUUGAUGAUACAGCAUCACCACCACCACCAUCAUCAUCAUCAUCAUCAUCAUCAAGUUCUGAUGAUUCUUCUGUCGAGGACUUUCCAUCUUCAAAACGGAUGAAAUCAGAGCUUUCUUCUCUGCUUUGAAAUAUAUAUAGAGCCAAGACCUUAGCUAAUGUCUGUUAAUAUUCAUCAUCUAUGUUUUCGUUCAUUAAAUUUUGUUUUGGGUCAAUACAAAGACAGUGUUGAGAGUCAUCUCACAACUCAUGUUUUGUUGGUAAACAUAAAAAAAAAGGCAGUUCUUAAAAAGAAA